CGUGCCUUCCCCUCUCAGGGAACUCUCUCUGGUUAUUUCUCUCUCCGCCUUCGCCCACCAACCACAAAACAAGCAAGAAGCAGAGAGAGAUCUUUUUUCCUCCUUGAAGAAGAAGAGUAGUAAUAAGAAGAAACUGGUUUGUGAAUCUCUGUAAACAACAUGGAGUCAACAAGCAGCUCGAUCAAAGUGUCUCCACUCGAUAUUAUGCAAGCCAUAAUCAAAGGCAAAGUGGACCCCACGAAUGUUUCAUCUGAGUCCGGUGGUUCUGUUGCUGAGGUAGCAACUUUGAUCCUCGAGAAUCGUGAGUUUGUUAUGAUCUUAACUACUUCCAUCGCUGUUUUGAUCGGCUGCGUCGUCGUUUUGAUUUGGAGAAGAUCAUCUGGGUAUCAGAGACCCAAAGUACCUGUACCUCCUAAGCCCCUGAUUGUUAAAGACCUCGAACCUGAAGUUGACGAUGGCAAGAAAAAGGUCACCAUCUUUUUCGGCACCCAAACCGGUACCGCAGAAGGAUUUGCUAAGGCUCUAGCUGAGGAGGCAAAAGCUCGGUAUGACAAGGCCACAUUCAAAACUAUUGAUUUGGAUGAUUAUGCUGUUGAUGACGAUGAAUACGAAGAGAAAUUGAAGAAAGAGAAUCUGGUUAUUUUCUUCUUGGCCACAUAUGGAGAUGGUGAGCCUACUGAUAAUGCGGCAAGGUUCUACAAAUGGUUUACAGAGGGAAAUGAGAGAGGGGAAUGGCUCAAGGACCUCCCAUAUGCAGUUUUUGGCCUUGGAAACAGGCAAUACGAGCAUUUUAACAAGAUUGCUAUAGUGGUGGAUAAAAUCUUUGCUGACCAGGGCGGGAAGCGCCUUGCCCCAGUGGGUCUUGGUGAUGAUGAUCAAUGCAUGGAAGAUGACUUUGCUGCAUGGCGGGAAUUGUUGUGGCCUGAGAUGGACCAGUUGCUUCUUGAUGGAGACGAUCCAACAGCUGUUUCUACUCCUUAUACUGCCACUGUAUCAGAAUAUCGGGUUGUAUUCCAUGAUCCUGAAGAUGCCCCAUUAGAGGAUGAUAACUGGAGUAAUGCAAAUGGCCAUGCUGUCUAUGAUGCUCAGCAUCCAUGCAGGGCUAAUGUUGCUGUGAGGAGGGAGCUUCAUACCCCGGCAUCUGAUCGUUCAUGUACCCAUCUGGAGUUUGACAUAUCAGGCACCGGACUUGCAUAUGGAACUGGUGAUCAUGUUGGUGUUUACUGUGAAAAUCUAAGUGAAACUGUAGAGGAAGCACUGCAGUUGUUGGGUUUAUCACCAGAUACUUAUUUCUCUAUCCACACUGAUAAUGAGGAUGGCACACCACUUAGUGGAAGCGCCUUGCCACCUCCAUUCCCACCGUGCACCUUAAAAACUGCUCUAGCUCGAUAUGCUGAUCUUUUGAGUUUGCCCAAGAAGUCUGCUCUAAUGGCUUUAGCAGCUUAUGCUACUGAUCCAACAGAAGCUGAUCGACUAAGGCAUCUUGCAUCGCCUGCUGGGAAGGAUGAAUAUGCACAAUUGUUAGUUGCAAAUCAGAGAAGCCUCCUUGAGGUCAUGGCUGAAUUUCCAUCAGGCAAGCCACCACUUGGUGUCUUCUUUGCUUCAGUUGCACCUCGAUUGCAACCAAGAUACUAUUCUAUUUCAUCAUCUCCAAGCAUGGCUCCAUCAAGAAUUCAUGUUACAUGUGCGCUGGUUCUUGAAAAAACACCGGGAGGUCGUCUUCACAAAGGAGUGUGCUCAACUUGGAUGAAGAACGCUGUGCCUCUGGAGAAAAGUCAUGAUUGCAGCUGGGCACCAGUUUUUGUUAGGCAAUCAAACUUCAAACUUCCAGCAGAUUCUAGAGUUCCCAUCAUCAUGAUUGGCCCUGGAACUGGUUUAGCUCCUUUCAGAGGUUUCCUACAGGAAAGAUUAGCUCUAAAAGAAUCAGGAUCGGAACUGGGAUCCUCUGUAUUAUUCUUUGGUUGCAGGAACCGCAAAAUGGAUUUUAUCUAUGAAGACGAGCUCAACAACUUCGUUGAAAGUGGUGCGCUUUCUGAACUAGUUGUUGCCUUUUCCCGUGAGGGACCUACCAAGGAAUACGUGCAGCAUAAGAUGAUGCAGAAGGCUUCCGAUAUCUGGAAUAUGAUUUCACAAGGAGGAUAUUUAUAUGUUUGUGGUGAUGCCAAAGGCAUGGCUAAAGAUGUCCACAGAGCGCUCCACACUAUUGUGCAAGAGCAGGGAUCCCUCGACAACUCAAAGACAGAAAGCUUUGUGAAAAGUCUGCAAAUGAAUGGCAGGUAUCUACGUGAUGUAUGGUAACUAAUCGUUCGUGUAGGCCAUGAAGAAAGGAGGGUGAUGUGAAAGUUUACUCUAUAAAUACCGAAGCCUUACUGGAAUUGAAGGAAUUUUAAGCGAGAGGCUACUUUUGACGCCUGCCUUGUGUCCCUUAAAGUGGUCAUCGAACGAGCUAUCAUUAUAGCAAAUUGUGAUUCUUUUCUCUCCUCUCACGAAGGAAUUUUUUGUUCUUGUAAUUUAUAUAUACAUAAUGUAAUAAAUGAUUAGCCCUAGUUCAUGACUUCAUUUUCCUUUUAAUGAACCCAACAAAAUGGUUCAAAUGACAGACAAAUAUUCUUGUUCUACGUCUAAGUGUUUGUAUGAAUGGAUGAUCAUCCAAGUUUAAGUUUGAA